AUGAGUCAAGCUAUCACUCCAGAAGUAUUAUGGGCGCAGCGUUCUAGUGAGACGGAUGCUGAGAAGAACUAUGUUCUGUUGACUCUUUUGAUCGCAGACUGUGGGGAGCCUCAAUUAAAGUUGGAGCCAACGUAUUUGGAGUUCACAGCAAAGUCAGCAGGCCAUGUUGGUGGGGAAGAGAGCCACAAGUAUAAGCUACAUAUUGAUUUUUUUAAGGAGAUUGAUGUUGAGAAGUCGUUGAAUCGGGUGGCCAAUGGUCAAGGGUAUUACUUGAAGUUGUACAAGAAGGACUUGGAUCGGGAGUACUGGCCGAGGUUGACGAAGGAGAAGUUAAAGUAUCACUACAUCAAGACAGAUUUUGAUAAGUGGGUGGAUGAGGAUGAGCAAGAUGGGGUUUCACAGCAGCAGGACUUUGGUGGAAUGGAAGGUCUUGAAGCGCUUCAAGGAAUGGGCGGGAUGCCAGGAAUGGGCGGGAUGCCAGGAAUGGGAGGAAUGGGAGGAAUGCCCGGUCUGGGCGGGCUUGGGGGUGCAGAUAGCCAGGCGCAGUUGCAAGAGUUGUUGAAGCAGUCUGGGGGCAGUUUGGAAGAUGACGAUGACGAUGAUGAUGACGACGACAACGAGGCUGAUGAAGAGAAAGCUUCGGCAUCUGUAACAGGGAAGAAGGAUUAA